AUGAGAUUGACCAAUCGCGACUUGAUGGAUUCCAUCGACCCUUCCACCGGUGACGUCCCGAGGUAUGAGGUGUCUGCGCUGGACGAUGUGCUCCAUCCAAUACGGUUCAAAAACCGGUCUUCGCUCAGAACGGCAAUUCCGUUCACCAGGAACAGAAUGACUAAGGUUGUUAGUGUUGAAUGUCGUCAAACUUACAAUAAAAUAGAGUUCCUAGUCCAAACAUAA